AUGUCACGUACACGUCACUGGAUGUCGAGCCGCACCACUAUCUCUGGAAGCAAACACAGGUCUACGGUGUCAAUCCGUUCUACAUCCCAAGACCUGGAGACACGGGCAGCCGAGGCAGGCAUCGACCUCCGCCACGGCGUCGAUGGGCCUCCUCCGGUAGGGCUGAGUGGCUUCUUGGCUGCACUAGAGCCUAUCAAAGAGCCGACGACCUUACAAAUGUACCCAGGCGUCCAGGUGGAAGAGUGGCUGUAUGAUGACGGGCUGUACCCCGGGCAUCACAAUGUGAAUGCGAAUAUGCUCGAGACUUAUAUCUGUGCAUCUGACGAGAGUAGGAGGCGAGCGGAACAAGAUGAGGAACACCCGCCUCCAGAUGGGUAUUGGAGAAACACACCGCAGUGGUCUUAA